AUGUCACAGCCAAUAUCGGUUGACAUCCUCUCCGAUUCCGACUCCGACGAUAACCGCCGGCCUGCUCUCCGAAACGAUGCCAUAGACCUUACUACGCCGCCACUCUCGGUUGCUCACUCGAAAAAGAAACAAAGAAAAGAGUAUUUGUCGAACUCGACAGUCUUCAUCAUUGACGACGAUCCCACGCCGUGUAAGUUGCCGCAAAUGUCUUUUGCAGGCCAACAAUUCUCCUCCACUCUUUCCUCCGUCCCUGAGACCCCGUUCUCGGAUGCCUCAAUCGUCAAAUGCUCCCAAGGAAAAUCGUUGUCUUCUGAUGAACACGUAGUUGCUGAAACACCAGUAUCCGAGCUUUUGAAAUCCCAAGUUCCAAUUGUCAAUUGCAACAGAGGAUUCUCCAAUUCUGAAAUUGGGAGUUCUUUGAUUUCAAACACUAAGACUUCGGGAAUCAAUCCAUUGAUAUGUGUGGAGUCAGAUGAGGAGUCUGAAAAUGUUGGUGGAAUUGAAGCUUGGAAGAAUAAUGAAACUGUUUUUGCUGCAGAAUUGGCAAAUGAAUCAGAAUUUGACUCUAGAAUAGUUGCAUCGUCAUUUCCGCUAGGUUCUUCCAUCGAACUACAAAAGAAGUUCUCACUGGGGAAUGAUGACAUAAUGCAAAUGCCUGAAAGCAAUCGCCAUUUAAGUUCACUGGAAGAUGACAUAUCUACGGCAUGUCGAUACCAUGAUGACGGAUCUGAUAUUUUAGAGCCACUGGAUCAAGUCUUGAGACGAAGUGGCAAAAGUGGAGACAAGCCAACUAAGAAAACUGAAGCAAAGAAUGGAAUGAAAAAAAAGAAAAUGUCCAAGGAGGAGAGACAUCAUUUGAUGGAAGAAAAGAAACAGCAGAAAGAACAAGAGAAGUUGCUAAAGGCUGCUUCUAAGGAGGAAGCUGCGAAGAUGAGAAAACAUCAGAAAGAAAUGCAGAAGUGGGAAAAGGGGAAGUAUGCUCUAAAAUCUAUUAUGGCCAAAAUUGACACGAAAGUGGUUGAACUGGGUUCCAUCGGUGGACAUUUGCUCACAAGGUUUGCCGAAAAGAGUCUUUCAUACCGAAUAACAUCAAAUCCAGUAGAGAGAUCCAUCGUAUGGACUAUGGCUGCUCCAGAAGAAACCACACAAGUUUCAUCCCAAGAGAUUGAAAUUUCUUAUGUGUUAAUUAUUUAUGAGGCUGAAGAUUUCUGUAACCUUAUUUUGAAUGACUCUCUAAUGGGUCACGUUCAGAGCAUUCAACAACAUUACCCACAUCAUACUAUAUGUUAUCUCACAAAUAGGCUUAUGGCUUACAUCAAUAAAAGGGAACAAGGGCAGUACAAGAAUCCUAGCAACUACAGUGGGUGGAAGCGCCCGCCUAUAGAAGAGAUUCUGUCAAAAUUAACCACUCAUUUUUCCAAAGUACAUUCAAGGCAGUGCACUGAUGAAGCUGAACUAGCUGAACAUGUAGUUGGUCUGACUUGCAGUCUUGCCUCUUGUCAAUUUAGGAAAAAGUUAACGAGAUUAUCAGUUGAUGCAAAUGGAGCCCUUAUCCCUAACGACUGCAUUGACAAGAAUCUAAUAAAGAAGAGCCCGUGGAUGAAAGCACUGAUAGCUAUCCCGAAGGUACAGCCGCGAUUUGCUGUUGCCAUUUGGAAGAAAUAUCCCACAAUGAAAUCUCUUUUGAGCGUUUACAUGGAUCCUGGUAAAUCGGUGCACGAGAAAGAAUUUCUGUUGAAGGAUUUGACGAUAGAAGGCUUAACUGGUGGUGAUAGAAGAUUAGGAGAGAUUUGCUCUAAGAGAGUAUACAGAAUACUAAUGGCUCAAUGCGGAAGCAUUAAAACGGAUGAUGUUGAGAGUGGAGCUGAUUUCUUUAGCUAA